AUGAGUUGUGAAACAGUAAUUGAUUCUGGUGAAAUUGACAAACAAAAGAUAUUGGACAAUAGUAGUGGUAACAAAGCAAAUGAGGAUGAUAAUUUAAAUGGUGAAAUAAAUCAGGAGGAGGAUGAAGAAUUUGAUGUACCUGAAGAUAGCAUUUUAAGACAAAAAUUUCCAAUGAAAAAUAAAUGGGAUCUUUAUUAUUUGAAGGAUGAUAAAGAUUUAACAUGGUUAAACCGUUUAAUGAAAGUUUAUACUUUUGAUGAUCUUGGUGAAUUUAUAGCGUUUCUUAAUGAAGCAAAACCCCCAAGUGUGUUAAAAAAUGGUUCUGAUUAUAAUCUUUUUAAACAUGGAAUAAAACCAUUAUGGGAAGAGAGUGACAAUGUUGAGGGAGGUCGUGCUGUUUUAACAUUAGACAAAAGUGCUAAUUGCGAAAUCCUUGAUAAUAUGUGGAAAGAAUUAAUGCUUGCAUUGACAAGUGAGCAUUUUGCAGAAUAUAAUAACUCAAUAUGUGGUGCUGUUUGCAAUAUAAGAAGUAAAGGGUCCAAAAUUAGUAUUUGGACUAGAAAUGCUAGUGAUGAAGCAACUAAUAAAGCAAUUGCAAAACAAAUGGUUGAAACAAUAUUAAAUGCUCCUGGAAUUGAUAAAUAUAAGAAAUAUUUUGAAAGUGUUAGAUUUGAAGAACAUAGAGUGGCAUCACAAAAGAGUAGCUCAUCAUUACCACCUAAAAUUUUAGUUUAUGUUAAAGAGAUAGCAAAUGUAUGGAAGGAAAAGGAAGAACAACAAGCUGCAUCAAGAGCAAAUCAUUGA